AUGGCUACAGUCUCUGCCCCCUCCUCUCCCUCUGUCCUCCAUCACCUCCCAGAGCUCAACUUCUCCUCCUGCCCCCGCCCCUGUCCAUCCAUCCAGACUCUGAAUGCCACCACAAUGCCACCCCUCAUCAACCCUCCCUCCUUUGGAUUGUCCUGUUUCACCAUGACCCUGGGUGGCCUCUCUAACCUAAGCGCCCUGGGCAUCCUGGCCAAGUCCUAUGUACGCUUCAGACAUCGGGCCAAAGCUCCGUUCCUGUUGUUAGUGGGGGCUCUACUUCUAACCGACCUGGCUGGUAAUUUGAUCCCUGGUGCCUUUGCCCUCCAUCUGCACCUGGGUCAGAGUCAGAGGCACAGGGUGGCUGCAGGAAUGCGUGACACCACCAAGCCUGCUGGGAUGUUUUGCCAACUGUUCGGUGCCAGCUUGGUGUUCUUCGGCCUGUGCCCUCUAUUACUGGGCAGUGCCAUGGCCGUGGAGCGUUGUAUGGGCAUUACCCAGCCCCUCCUCCACUCUGCCCUGAUCACGGUGGCCCACAUGCGUCUGGCUGUCCUCCUGCUGUCCUCCCUAGCCCUGCUGCUGGCCGGGCUCCCCCUGGUGGACGUGGGUAGUUACACAACCCAAUUCCCUGGUACCUGGUGCUUUCUGACAGUCCACGGGCCGCUCUCCACGGCUGACGCCAGCCUGGCACUCACCUUCUCUGGCCUGGGGCUCACGGCGCUCAGCCUCUCCCUGAUUUGUAACACCCUGAGCGGGCUGGCUCUGCUGCAGGCCAGGCUCAGCUCCCAGGGCAUCAGGACAAACACUACAGCAGCACCAGGACGAUAUGGAAGAACCUCCUCUCCCCUACGCUCGCUGGAUGUAGAGAUGAUGGCCCAGUUGACAGCGAUCACGAUGGUGUCCUGUGUGUGCUGGAGCCCCUUUCUAAUCUCCAUCUCUCUGCUGGUGGGUCAGUUCUGCCGCGGCGGGCGAGGCUCCAGCCACACAGUACGUCAGUCAGAGAAGCUGGUUCUGUUGGGCCUCCGCAUGGCCACCUGGAACCAGAUCCUGGACCCCUGGGUCUACAUCCUGCUCAGACGGGCUGUGCUGCGCAGGGUCUUCCAGGUCCUCCAGCCAGACUCCAGGUCCACCCUGACACAGAGCAGCUCCUGCACUACAGCCUCACGCAGACAGGGGAUUGGACUACACUGACCCAUGAAUGUGUGUAAAGAUAUUCCCAUUUGUGGAUACACUCUCUGUGAUGAACUGAGUGAGAACUCAAAAACACCAAGUGAAACAGGUUUGAGAUACUUCACAUCGAUGCAUAGCCCUACAGUACAAGAAUGUGGACAUAUACUCAUAGCAGAAGAGCAGUUGGCAGUCAUGGGAUAGUCAAUUCAUAAACACAUUAGAUGUUUCACUUAGUUUGGUGACCU